AGCGAAUGUUCAGUCACUAGUCACCGGUCGUCGCGUUCGGAUUCAUUUUUAUUUUUGUGGUGUUUUGAAAUUCAAAACCCCAAAACGAUGAGUUGUAAAAAGAAUCAAGCAAACCAAUUAAGUGAUACUGGCUAAGAAUAUCUUUAGGACUGUAAGGAAAUAGAACCAGUGAUCUGCUGAAUCUGCUGUGAUAUAUUUUCUUAUUUCAGAAUAGAGAGAAAGAGGGGAAUCUUUUGGUAGUGGUUCAUACGGAUAGGGCAAAAGUGCGCGGAUUUAGAUAGAGAGCCGUUACUAACUAGCCCAAGGCAGUCGAAGCACAUGUUCUAACGUGUGAUUCACAUCGCAUCGUCAUAUCAAUUGAAAGCAUCUAAUGAAUACGAAUGUGUGUUGAGUACAAAUAGUGUAUUGCAACGUGUAUAUGAUACAGUGGCAUAGUUUUAUGACAAGCGAAGCGAAAAAAUAGUUUUGUAACAAUCUGUUAAUACGACUCAUCUACUGAGUCCAGAGCUGUGAUAUUAGAACAGUUAGUAAGUGAGCUCCAUAUUUUGAGACAUCUCGAAAAAAGAAAAUUGCAUGAAAAGAACUAGGCGCGAAAAGGACGAGGAUUGUCGUACUGCAGCAGGACUUGAAAGAUCGUCCAUCGGCUAUCGGGUGAAGAAGAAAGCCACCAAUAGUGAGGAACAUCUACCCGGUCGAAGUGGCUGCAGCAGUGCCAUCAAGCGGAUUAUCAUCCAACGGUUGAACAACAUCGUCACAAUGAGUGCCACCGGGACGGAGAAUUUGGAAGGAGCCGAGUCCACUCACAAUACGAAGAUUUCCGACUCGGGCUACUCAAACAGCUGCAGUAACAGUCAGUCCCAGAGAAGUGGCAGUUCCAAGUCUCGGCACAGCGGGAGCAAUUCGUCCGGUAGCAGCGGCUAUGGAGGCAAAGGGAACAUCCAGGCUGGUACUGAUGUGCCCCUCCAGCACCCACCGGCCAAGCGCACAAAGGACAAGGAUCGCAAGAAGAAAAAGUUGAAAACGUCUGUUGAACCCACUCCGGGUGGCACUGGCGUUGCGGGGGAGGAACCAUUCUCUACUGGUGCUACAGCUGGGGGGAAUUUCACAACGGGCUCGGGAGAACAAGUGCAAAGCAGCGUCCACGCGUCCACAGUCGGACAAGGUGAAGCUCAACAGAAUCAGAGUCACGUGGACGAUACGGAUGUCCCCGGUGGAGAUGAACCCACAGCUAAAGAAGAUGUCUCGGCUGUACAGGAUUCAGCUGUCGGGGGAGAAACCACUAAGUUACAUUGUGCUCUACCGGGACCGUCGCCAGUGGCUUGCGGAGUUACAGCGCCCGAGGAGAACCAAGAAGCCGUUUGCGAAGAGGUGCAGGGAAUCCAAGAAUCCGUACAGGGCGGAGGAGCGACCCCCGCAAACGCUAAAACAGAAACGGAGAAUGGCUUCUGCUGCGUCAUUUCGAUGCAUGACGGAGUUGUUCUUUUCACAACGCCCAGUAUUACGUCUAGCUUGGGUUUCCCGAAUGAUAUGUGGCUUGGACGGUCUUUCAUAGAUUUUGUACACCCGAAGGAUCGAUCGACCUUUGCCAGUCAGAUUACGUCAAAGGUGGUUGUUCCGUUGGGCGAAUCCAAGAACGGUGUUGGCCACAAAGAUCAGAAAAAUUCUCUCUACGUAAUGUUACGGAAAUACAGAGGCUUGAAGAGCGCUGGAUUCGGCGUUACAGGGACGAACGUCAACUACGAGCCGUAUCGGCUGGUAUUGACCUUCCGCGAAGCACCAAACGACACCAGUGAAGACAUCAAGAAUACGGGAAGGAAUAUUCUAUUGAUUAUUUCGGCAACUCCGGUCAAAAGUGUCUACACUGUAUCCAACGAGCAGCUGCAUGACAAAGAACUCAAGUUCAGUACGCGUCACUCUACCAACGGAGUGUUGAAUUAUGUAGAUGGGAAUUCGGUUGAAUCUAUUGGUUACUUGCCACAGGAUAUUCUAGGCCGUUCGAUCAUGGAGCUGUACCACCCGGAAGAUUUGCCAAGCUUGAAGAAUAUCUAUGAAACGGUUAUGAUCAAGGGCCAAACUGCUGGAGCGUCAUUUGUGAGCCAACCUUAUCGAUUUUUGGUGAACAACGGCUGCUACAUUGUCCUCAAAACGGAGUGGGCUAGCUUUGUGAACCCGUGGUCAAGGGAGUUGGAGUUCGUUAUUGGAAAUCAUUAUAUCCAGCAGGGUCCAUCAAAUCCCAAUGUUUUUGCAUCGAAAUUCUAUUGCAAGGAUCCACUCCUUUUCCCAGAUGACCUUCUGAAGGAAGCAAAGAUGAUCGAAGAGCAGAUCUUACGACUCUUGAAAGAACCCGUAGCGAAGCCUUCCGACAUGGUUAAGCAGGAAGUCACAAAACGAUGUAAGGCGCUUGCUUCAUUCAUGGAGGAACUGAUGGACGAAGUAGCGCAACCGGAACUUAAACUGAAUCUAUUGAAUGAAUCUGACUUUACAUUUUCCGAAAGAGAUUCCGUCAUGCUCGGGGAGAUUUCACCUCACCAUGAAUAUUUCGAUAGUAAAAGUUCCUCCGAGACGCCUCCUAGCUACAAUCAGCUGAACUACAACGAUAAUUUGCAGCGAUUUUUCGAGAGUAGACCGGUGAUGAAUGUAAAGGAAUCGUCGAAGAUCCAUUCAUCGGGUGGGACAAACACAGAAACUAUUGAUGAUCAGAGGUUUAGUGGCGACGGAGGAGAAAGCGGAGGAAGUGCAGGUAACUUCAGCUCUGAAAGUAACGUUCAAAUGGAUAGCGUUACGAACACUACCAGUAAUACUGGUACCUCUUCGGGCAGCUAUCAACCUCCGACGUUGACUGAAGAGCUACUCUGCAAGCACAAUGAUGAUAUGCAAAAGGUAAUGCUUAAGAAACAUCGUGAAGCAAGAUCUCUGGCAAGGGUAACAGACAAGAACAGGAAAGGACCCCCGGAUAAAACCUAUGCCAACAUUAUUGCUCAUGGAGUUAAACGCGGUUCAUCCCAUUCAUGGGAAGGAGACAUACACAAGACCUUCAAACAUCAGCACAAUCCAGAUAAUACCUGCGACUACCAACCGCAAUCAUCCCAGGCUCUUGCAACUCCAAAGCCUCCACAGACGUCUUCUGCCAUUUUGGACGCUUGCACGUCAAUCGUUGCCACUACUGCAGUUACCGCAACGCCUCUUCUAUCUUCAGUCUCUAACGCGUUCCCAAUGUCUCGUGCUGUCGAACUAUGCCCACCAUUUUCCGUGAGCGUUACAACCAUACAGGCUACCCAAAGCAACGCGACCACCAACAUCAUGCCGACGAGCAACAUCUUUCCAACCUUGUACUACAUUCCGGCACCUCCGCAGCCAACUCCAGCAAGUUCAGCCUUACAAAUACCUCGCCUUAACCCGAUUACGCUUCCAUAUAUGGCUGGAGUCAUGUAUCCACAUCCGCAGCUCUACCAACAAUCCGUACUCUAUCCACCGAUGAUGUACCAUGCUAUGCCUUACCAACCGAUUCCUCCGCCGUGUGGACUAGCUUCCGGCAAUCGAUCCCAGCAACAAUCGCAACAACAACAGCAAUCAGCGCAACUCCCUUCGAACCAAUCCGGUCCGGCCCGUAUCUAUGCGCAGCCCGGAUUCCUCGAUGGAUCUGGCCUCUACGACACCUCCAACUCCGGAGGCAACAAACAACAGCUCCAAAGUAUCCCAUCAUCGAUCGGCGGCGGCGGCGGACGAGGUUCUCAAUCGCAGCAUCUCUUCCAACGGCCGCCCUCGCAGGCCACUUCGGUCAAAACAGAGCCCGGAUCCAAUAUGGGAAGUAUUGCAUCAGCGUCGAUUGUUAACCGGGCCUUUUCAGAAUCGUCCAAGAAGGGAUUGGCAGACUCGCCGAGAAAUUCGCACGUCGAGGCAGACUUCCCUCAGGAAGAUAUGGAAAAGAUUAGGUCCAGGGGAAGCAAAACUCCUGGACCGCUGUGGGAAAUCAGUGACGAUAUGGACGAAUCAAGCUUCUCCAGCUUCUACUCCAGUUUCUUGAAGACGGAUAACUCGUCGGAAAGUAACUGCGCCGAGAAGAAAGAAUCGACCGAAAUGGUUUGGGACACCAGCUCAAACAAAACGAGCCGCGCGAAGCGGCGUCCCAAUCCUCCCUGGUUGGACAACGUCUGCCAGACGAAGGAACUGUUCUAUCAGUAUCAAAUCACCGAGAAAUCGGUACAAGAUCUCCUAGACGCUGACAUGCUAGCGUUGAAAAGUCUCAAUCAACCUAUUCUAGUCAACGAGCAGCUGGGGCAGCUCUAUCUGGAUCUCGAACUGGAAGGACUGUCGGCGAAGCUUUCACUCAGCGACACCACUUCCGGUAGCAGCAGCGAUGAUUGCGAAACUCAAAGUAAGGUCAAGAAAGCUAAGCGAAACAUGAAAUACAGCAAACUGGUAAUGAUCUACGAAGAGAAUGCUCCGUUCCCACCGCCGGCAGCUGUCGGACGUCACGGUAAAUGAUUCUGGAACGGAGGAGCGACCAGUCCACGCCGGUUACAAGUCAAACACAGUAUUUUCUGAGAGAGGAAUAUAUGUGUGAGCGGAGGAGAGGAGCAGAAUGGUGCCUAAUCGACACUCGGAACGGAGCGCAAUAUAAUUGCGAUUCGUCAAGCGGUGUCCGAAGGAGAUUGUUCAUUGUUUACAGACUGUUUUCAGAGAGCUUUGUAGUUUGGAUCAAACUGGUCAGACCUAUUUAUAUUGUCCACUGACGUGUUUUCAAUGACUUACGGGGCAUCUACGAAUGACGUAGAAUUCUACAUCCCAUUGCGUAUUUUACAUUAUCUGGUACAUGGUUUAUCAUCAAAUCAACUACUCUGCGUCAUUUGUGGUCGGUGCCUUGUUGACUGUGUUAUAGAUGAAUAUUUUUAUCAUUCAUGAAGCAUAAAAUUUGUAGUAAAAUAUGAAAAUAAAUAGUAAAAA